AUGCUGCUCACGGGCGACUCGGAGGAUGUCCCCAAGAAAUACAACGCUCCGAUCCACCCCGCUGGAGCCGGCAAACCUGCCAAGUUGACAGCGAGUAACAUGGUCUUCUCGUCCACGACGAUCACCGCCGGCAACGCUCGUGGUAUUGUAGUGGAGACUGGUAUGAACACGCGGGUGGGCUCCAUUGCAGCUCUACUACAAGCCAAGAGCGGCACGGAUGCAUCAGCAGAGAAGAAGUGGAUCCGUAACCCUCUUGGUGACUGCAUCGCCAAGCACCGUCCGAAGCUCACGCCUCUGCAGCGAGCUCUACACCACACUGGGUACGUCAUGGGUCUCAUCGCGGUGGGUAUCCUCGUCACCCGGACAGACCCACGUACUUGA